AUGGGCUUCCCGGACAUUUUGCAGGAGUACAGCAGACAGCGGAGGGAGAUCUCGGCGUGGCGCCACAAGGAAUGCAGGGAGCUGGCGGCAGGAACGCAGAAAGACGAAAGUCGACAGGUCAACGCUUCCUGGUCGGAAAAGCAGCCAACACCGAGCCGAGGGCCUCCCUUCUGCGAUUCUUCAAAGCCUGACAUGAACACACACGCAACACACACACGUGCACAACGAGAAUGUGUAACUCAUCAUCUUUUUCUCUUUCUCAUUGGUUCAUCUGUGGUCUGUGGGAGUUGCUCACCUCUUUUCUCUGCUGUGGCGAUGAUUCAAAGCCAGAUCGGAAGCCAGUACACCUGCUAGCAGGAUAGGGCGCGCGAAACCAUCGCCAGCAGUCCCGUCCCCUCUCCAUUUUCUUCGCUUUUCGGCCUCCCCCUGUCGUGUUUGUGAGCCUUUUCGCUCCCCCAUCCUUCGCUCGUCCGCUUCCGCUCGUCCGCUUCCGCUCGUCCCUCGCCCAGUCCCUCACCCCGACACACUCGGUCUCCCCUCACACUCACACAGACAUGUAAGUCGCUGCGGAGAGGGGUGCGCAGGCCCACUUGAUGCUCACCGGCUCCCCUCCCCCUGUGCAGGCCCGUGAAGAUUGGGAUCAACGGCUUCGGCCGCAUCGGCCGUCUGGUGUUCCGUGCCGCCAUGGACAACAAGGACGCGGUGAGUGAGAUGACUGCCUGCCCUCUCUGGGCCGCGUGUGUGUCUGCGUGGGGGAGAGAAGAGGGGGUGGCGGGGGGACAUCUGGAGUGCAUGUGUGUUGGGUGCGACAUGACUGUGUAUGGUCGUGUGGUGGUGUGUGCAGGUUGUGGUGGCGGUCAACGAGCCCUUCAUGGACGUCGACUACAUGGUCUACCAGCUCAAGUAAACAGAGGAGUGACCACGACACUCAGACAGACCGACACACAGACCGGCACCACCACAUGUGGGGAAGAUCUGCUUUAUCUGCUGCUGUUGUCCACCAGAUAUGACAGUGCCCACGGCCGCUUCCCAGGCAAGAUAGACAGACAGACGGAGAGACGGACAGAAAGACACGACAGUGCACAGACCGACGCACGCCUCUUGCCACUGCAUGCGCCGCGUUGACGCUCUGAUGCGCUGUGUGUGUGUAUGUGUGUGUGUGUGUGUGUGUGUAGGGACUGCUGAGAACAAGGACGGCAAGUUCAUCGUGAACGGCAAGGAGAUCAAGGUGUACAUGGAGAAGGACCCCGCAUCCAUCAAGUGGGGCGAGGUACGUACCCUACCUCACCACCAGUGUCUCAGCCAGCACACAGACAGACGAACACGUGUGCACGUGUGUUGGUGUGGUCUGGUGUGGUGUGGUGUGGUGCUGUCGUGUGUUGUGGUGCGGUUGAUCAGGCUGGUGCUGACUACGUUUGCGAGUCGACUGGUAUCUUCACGACGACGGACAAGGCCGAGGCGCACAUCAAGGGCGGCGCCAAGAAGGUCAUCAUCUCGGCCCCUCCCAAGGACGACACACCCAUGUUCGUCAUGGGCGUCAACGCGGUAGGUACACACCGUGUCGCCCGUUGUGGGAGGGAGGGAGGGCACAUGCAACGCAUCUGUAUCUAUCUGGUGUCGGGUGUUGUGUAUCUGUCGCAUGCAGGACAAGUACACGAGCGACCUGAAGAUCGUGUCCAACGCCUCGUGCACCACCAACUGCCUCGCACCCCUCGCCAAGGUCAUCAACGACGAAUUCACCAUCGGUACACACAACACACCACACACAACUGCAUGCACUGUCAAUGUUUCCGUGUGUGUGUGCGUGCGGUGCAGUUGAGGGUCUGAUGACGACCGUGCACGCGACGACCGCGACCCAGCUGACCGUGGACGGCCCCUCCAAGGGCGGCAAGGACUGGCGCGGCGGCCGCAGCGCCUCGGCCAACAUCAUCCCGUCGUCGACUGGUGCCGCCAAGGCUGUGGGCAAGGUGAUCCCCGAGCUCAAGGGCAAGCUGACUGGCAUGGCCUUCCGCGUGCCCACCAUCGAUGUGUCGGUGGUCGACCUCACCUGCAAGCUCGGCAAGCCCGCCACAUACGACCAGAUCGUCGCCGCCAUCACCAAGGCCGCCCAGGGACCCAUGAAGGUCAGUAGCUCACACACAAACACACACACUCAAUGAGACGGACGAAUGGGGUGGAUGGAUGGAUGGAAGCACUCUGUUUUGUGUGUGUGGUGUGGUGUGUCAGGGUGUGUUGGACGUGACUCACGAGGAGGUUGUGUCCCAGGACUUCCUGCACGACGCGCACUCGUCGAUUUUUGACGUCAAGGCCGGCAUUGCCCUCAACGACACGUUCGUCAAGCUGGUCUCCUGGUACGACAACGAGUGGGGCUACUCCAACCGGUGAGUGCGGGGGCAGGGAGGGGGGGAGGGCACACAAACACAGGCAGGCAGACUGACAGACACAAACACAGAGGGAAGCAUCAGCAGCACACAUGGGCGUGUGUGUGUGUGCAGCCUGGUGGAGCUGGCCCUGCACAUGGCCAAGAAGGACGGCAACUUCUAGACAGAGGGAGAGGGAGAUAGACGCAUCGACAGACAGAUGCAAACGGAGAGAGAGCGGGAAAGGGAGGGGAAGGGGAAGGGGGAACACACACUCUUAUACACACACACUACGUAAACGUAUACGUACACAUGGCAUACGUGAGCGUCCGUCAGUCGAUCGAUCGUCACUGACCUCUGUCUGCCUCUUUUUCUCCACCUUUUUGAUCACCCUGCCGCCCUCCCUUCCUGCCUGCCUGCCUGUCCGCCUGCCUGUGUGUCUCUGUUGGUCGUCCUGUAAGAACACACCCACGCUCGUAUGUCUCAACGCGACCACACAGCACACAGGCAGACCGACUCAGACAUGCAGCAGCAGCAGCAGCAGGAAGAAUACCUCAAUUUUCGACUUGGUAGCGCAGAGAGAGAUAUGAUAAUGCUUGCGAGGUGACUGCCUGCCCGACCAGUUUUGUCUUUUUUCUCCCCUAGAUCAACCGAUGGACGACAGAGUGGCUGCCUGCAUGUGUGGCGUGCGCGUGGCUGAUUUGGAGUUUGCUUUGCCGACCGACAUAUAGAUGUGUGUGUGAGUGUCAGUCAAUCAAGUCAGGGAGAGACAUAGCCUGCUUGCCUGCAUCGUUUUUGGGCGAGAAUCUGCCCCUUUCACAUGCGCCGAGAGUGUUUUGUUUGUUUGUGUGUGAGUGUGAGUGUGCCGAGCCGAUGCAAAUGAAUGAACGCGUACAUCCGAGUUUAAUGAGCGUGAGUGAGUGGCUGAGUGAGCGAGUGAGCAUUUCCUCCGUUUGUUUCUUCUCGAGACAGCCAGGUCAGUGAGACAGGUCAAUGAGCAGCACAGACACACACAUGGACUACAUCCUACUACCACUGAAAGCGCUCCUCUGCCAUUCUUGUGCCUGGUGUCCAUCAACCUGAGAGUCAGAGCGAG